GCACGAGUAGCCCGGAUGGGGUCCUCUUCCUCGGUAUCGGACUGGCUCCUCGACUCACUGGUUCGUCCUGUCUAGUCCGACUAGUGUUGGUGCGUGCGGUCGAUCCAUUGCUUUGGUAUCUUAUCACGACCCCACUAGUCAUCGGCUGGAGCAAAGAGAAGCCUGCAUCGACGCACCUUCUCAUAGUCGACCGGGCUCGGUUAUAAGUCGAGAAACCAAGCGCUGCGGAGGUCGCUCUCAUUUCGUCAGAGCAACCAUCAGUGGAUCUGGAACUGGUCUACGGGUCUACACUUCAUCAGCCCCGACAUGGUCACGUCGACGCCUACAAUCUCUAGACAACGCCCUGGCUCGGCCUGUGAGGAGUGUCGACGGCGAAAAGUGCGCUGUGACCGUCGUCGGCCUCAGUGUCAGGUGUGUUUCGAGACGGGGAUCGAGUGCAAGAUCAACACCACCAGAUUGCCCCGGGGACCUCGAAAGGGCCAGUUGCGUACGCUGCGGACAAGAAUCGCUGCUCUAGAGCGCUGCCUCGCAGAUCAGCAUCCCGAGAUCAAUCACCAGAUGGCGAGUCUGUUUGACGGCACGGUACUUGACUGUGACUCGGAGGAUGAUCCCUUCCGGGACCUCACUUCACUGUCUGAUUCAAUCCCGGUCUCAGUGCCUUUUUCGGCUCUCCCUGACCCAGUCUUGGCCCCGGUGGAGGAGCUGGAGACGCGCGAGAGAGAUGCUCAUCCCACUAUCUCAUCUACCAAGAUCCAGUCGCCAAGGACCCCAGAGUCGUUACCACGGUCGACAGGCCUGGUUUCGGAGCUGAUGCGAGCUGAACUUGACCAACUGUAUUUCGAUCGGGUUCACCCGUUUGCGCCUAUCCUCCAGCGCUGGCGCUAUCACGUCUGGGCUCGCCAACCUAAGAAGUCCGACAGCCAGGUCUGUUUACAAUACGCCAUGUGGACGGUGGCAGCCUCUCUGUCUGCCCAGUUUCAGGCACUACGGGAUCAGCUGUACACCGAGACGCGAAGGAUUCUCGAUUCCUUAGAUCGACCAGAUAGUAUAACAAUGGUCGCCGGGCUGGAACAGGCUCAGGCAUGGAUUCUAAUCGGGCUCUACGAGUACAUGCAACGGUCGGCUCUCCAGGCCUGGAUGAGCAUAGGAAGAUGCUGCCGACUGGUACUAGGAAUGCGGCUCUAUGAGCUGGACGAUUCCACCAACCCGGUGACGAUGGCACGGGAACAGGAAGCUAUAUUGGUGGACUGGAUCGGGCUGGAGGAGCAGCGCCGGACUUUCUGGAUGGCGUAUUCGCUGGAUCGAUUUAUCGGUUUCCACAACGGGCUGCCGUUUACUCUGCAUGAACCCGUGAUCACCACGCGGCUGCCCAGCCCGGAAGAGGAGUUCCAAUGCGGGCAACCAACCCUAACGCCAUACCUACGCGAAGUGAUGAGCCAGCAUCCUCACCUUCACCACCCAGUCCAACCCAAUCUAUACCAAUACCCCCAUCUGCAUGUUCAGCAACAGCAACAUCACCCCCACAUCUACGCGAUCCCUCAUUCCCCGACCUCCCCAACCCACCUGACAAUGGCCUUCCCCCCCGUGGCAGUGGCAACCCCCACCAACCCCACAGCAACAACAACCCCCGUCCUCAACCCCGACCUCAAUAGCCAAGUCACCUAUUCAAACUCAAGCUUCACCGAAUUCAUCCUCCUCGCCACGAUCGUCGGUCGCGCCCUCUCGCACCGCCAAGCGCUGGUGGUAGAGCAACCCUUCCAACCAUUCCACCACCCGCCCCUGUCCCCGACAAGCCCCCACACCCCGCUCCCCAACUCGCUCGAAACCUUCUGGAACCGCCACCACGCCCUCCACGCCUUCCUCAGCGCCCGCAUCCAGUCUCUGUCGUCCAAUCCCCAGGCUCUAGACGACCCAUUGAUCAUGUUCGCGCGCAUCGUCGCGCAGAGCAUGGUACUGUUCCUGCACAACGUCCUCGAGUCCGUCGCAUGGAAGUCCGGCGGCGAUCAACUGCUCGGCAUCAUCGAGGACGAGCGGCUCUGUGUGCUCGCCGCACACGAGGUCGUCGGCCUGGUCAAGGUGCAAGGCCAGUUGGGGUAUUUUAAGGUCCACCCCCUCACCCCCAUCCCGCUGAUGAUGUGCACCGAGUUCCUGACGGCGCAUGCGUACCUGGACCCCUCGUUCGAGGUCAUGCUGCACGAGCUGUUGGAAUGCCUGGGCGAUCUGGAGCGAGUCAAGAACCCCGUGCAGAGCCCGACCCUGUCCGUGGUGGUUUAAAGCAUCGUCGCGGGAUUCUCGUUCAACGAGAACUGCAAUCCUGCUGCGGGAUCAUUUUCGGUGUUUGGUCGGGUGUUUUUUUGCUUGAGUGAUGAUUUGCUUGGGAAAGCUUACAGCUUGUGGUUGUUGGUGGUGCUGGCUGGCGGGGAGAUGGUCGAGGCGGUUGUUGAUGAAUUGAGGGCAUGGUUUAUUAGCUGUGUGCUUUCUCGUGAUUCUUUUAUUGCGCUCGAUUCAGUUUGAUUCAGCUUUAUUUUCCUGUGCAGGCUCAUAGGAUCCAAUGCUGCUGCUGCUGCUGCUGCUGGGUGGUGGUGUGUUUUGUUUUGUUGUGUUUUGUUGCCCAUCGGAUGGCAGGAUGUUUGUUGUAUUCAAGGCACUGGCACUGGCACUGGCACUGGCACUGGCCACGAGGAU